CGCUCCAGUAGCUUUCCCCAUUCUCUCCCUUUGUGCCAAUCUUUUACUCCUUCAGAGCCAUGGCUACUUCUGCUGCGCGAACGCCGCCGGCGAGACGCGCGUCAACAUCAAACCACGCAGCCACGUCCAUUGCACGCGGUGCGACUGCACGUUCGGCUGUCUCGCCAAAAGUCGCAGCCUCGCUGAAUGGCACCACCCGGCGCACAUCAUCGUCUAGACCAUCUUCUUUGGCGUCUACCGCGGAAGCAGAUGCGGCUGCGAAUGAGGGACUGGCUGCGGCACUGAAGAAGGAGACGGAAGAGAAGGAAGAGCUUCUUGUCCGCGUGCAGAAUAAGGACCAAAACAUCUCCGAACUGGCUUCUGAGAAUGCUCAGCUCUCGGCAGCUCUGAAUGCAGCUGAAACGCGUCUGUCUGAGCUUUACGCUGAUCAAGCACGAAUUGAGGAAGAAACCGCGACACGGUUGGAGCUCGUGGAUAGACUCAGGUUGCAAGUACAAGAACUAGAAAGGGAAAAGCGGGAUGUCCUUCGACGAUACAAUGAACAGGCUACGACGUUUGAUGCUGAACGACAAUCGUUUUACGAUAAUGAGCAACAUCUCAAGUCGCGUAUCCAAUCGCUUGUGCAGGCACGCAAGUCAGAGGAAUUGCAUCAUAAGGCAUCAACUCAAUCUUUCGGUGAACCUUCCAUCCCCGAAGAAGACAACACAUUCGGAGAAGUAGAGCAAGUUGAAGCAACAAGGAAUGCUGCUACUUCAAGCGGCUUUCAGCGAACAGAGCCUGAUGAGGCAUGCGAACCUGCGGAAAUGACUUCUUUGCGACUGGAAUUAUCAACUUUGUCUACCUCUUACACGUCUUUGCAAACAACUGUCCAGCACCUUUCCUCACAGCUUCUCGACCUCAAACGGGUCAAUGCUCAGCUGCAAGAAGAGAAUGAAAGUUAUAACAUUCUGCUUCGCGAAAGAACUCUAAAUGGCCAGUUUGAUAUACUGAAAUCAGCAAGUACGAAGCAGAUUGACGAAGGCUCGAUGGAGGGAGUCGAAGGAGAUGAUGAAGAAUAUACUGGUGAUGAUCAAAGCGCGUUUCCUUCACGAAGCAGGACCCCUCUUGAUCCUGUUGAUGAACUUGCUGAGGAUAUGGAUUCCGCAGUCUAUGGCGAGGAGCAUGAUCAAGACACUUUUGUUCCGGACGAUACAGGGUCGUAUUCAUCCGCGGGAAAUCGCGAACGUUCUCGUCGUGCUGGUCGUGGAAACCGCCGUGCUGUGGCAUCUUCGUCCUCUCCGCCACCGAAAGGCGAGUCACUCGCUGGUCUACCUGUGGCAGGGCCGGGCUUGGAUCUCGCAGCAGAGCUUGGACGUGCGGAAAACUCAGCCAUGUUCAACGGGACUGUGGAUCAAUUCGAAUCACGGGAUCGCUCAUCCUCGAAUGCGAAAGCCAAGAAAGGAAAGCGACAGUCUAUGGACCGAAAGGCGCCAGACGCCAAAGUUGAACCUGCCAAAGACCUCGAUACCCUGCGUAACGAGGUCAAGUCGCUCAAGGAUGCAAACAAAGCACUGUCAUUAUACGCAUCGAAGAUUAUUGAUCGUAUUAUUGCACAAGAAGGAUUUGAGCAUGUGCUGGCGGCCGACUAUGAGAAGAGCCCAACGUCGCCUACCAAGAAGCAAUCGUCCCAGAAUCCCGCAGCGGAGGAAGUGCCGAAAAAGAAAGCUAGGCCUCAAAGCGCAAUAUUUGGACUGUCUUUUCCUAGCACUGAACCUGUACAAUCACAACCGUCUCAGAACGGCGUUGCUCCAACGUCACCCACAAUUCCUGUCGAGCAAACCGCUACAACAAGAACACAGAGGCGCUCGUUAUCAUUUGACUGGAGGCCAUCAUUCUCUAUGUUUGGUGGCUCGUCGGACAAGAAACCCGAGGUCAACUCAAACUUGCGUCCUCUCACUCUCCGUCCUGGAGGAUCUUCCGUUAUCACUGCGCGCAAGCUAGACACGCAAGAGGAUGACGAAGACAGGAAGGAACGUGAGCGAUUGCACGCGACUAUGAAACUGAUGGGUAUCAACAAGCCGGUUUCACCGACCCCGACAUCGCCCAAUGUCAACAGCCCAAAGACAUUCCUUAGCACACCUUCAUCAACGCCUGCUAGCACCCCGAACCCACAAUCUGAGGCUACGAGCCCCAAGCCCGCGCAACCGUCUCGCUUCUCAUUCUUUCGAUCGCGAUCAAAUACCUCGGAAAACUCAGUGAAUUCGACCAACUCUGCACCAGCACGGUCGGGAAGCAACCUAACUGCGGAAGCAUUAGAACGUGCUGAGGCAGAGACGACGCUGCAAGCUUUGGACGAACGAGAAAAGGCCUUGAGCGCAGAAAUAGCGAAAGGUUCAAACGGUGGUUUCACGGAACUUCCAAGCCGCCGUCAACGAGGUGAAGGCCGGAGUAAAAAGAGUAGGUUGAGUGGUGGGAGUGGGAGUGGAAGCACAGUGUGGAGCGCUGGAAUGAGUACACAUAAAGAGGAGAGUGGGGACGAAGCUGGUCGAGCAUGAAGAUUGAAGAACUUUAGACGUGACGAUGGACUUUCUGACGACUAUUAUGAUUUUUCUGCUGAGGUUACAAAGUUAUGUAUGCUAUACCCC